UGAUGUACAUUCCAAAUCAAUGCUAUCGAACCGAUUAUUGAUAUGGCCAGAAACCAUUUUGCCAAUGUUUUUGAUGUCAUUUUGGGUGAAUUCAAAAAUUGAUUCUUGCAGACGAUAAUUUUUCACCAUGUGAUCAAUUCAUGAUUUUUCGAUCACUAAACGAAAAUGCAAUGCGAUGAAGAAAUAUUCGAAAUUAAUGAUUUCAGUACAUCAUCCGAUUGGGAACGUUUUAUCGCAGAUAUUGAAGAAAUACUUACUCAAUGGAAUUUGGCCAAUAGUUUGGAUAAUAAGGAUUCGAUCAUUAUCAACACAUCAUCAUCAUCAUCACCAACAACAUCGAAUUCAAAAAUUGCAACAUCGAAAUUAUUAUCCGAACCAAAUCGAUGGCAACAUCGACAAGAAUCAAUCAAAUAUCGAAAGGUUUCAUUUUCAUUGCAAUAUUUUCAAUUUCGUAAAGAUUCCGCAUCAUCAUCAUCAGUACCGAUUGGACGAUCAUCUGAACAAUGUAAGCAGCAGACGUCGAAUCAAACAAUCAAUCAAUCAUGGCGUGAUAUGUGUUCAAUUGAAAAUGAUUGGCCCGUUACUGGACAUCCAUUAGUUCGUUAUUAUGGCCUUAGUCAAUUUUUAUUACUUAUACCAUUGGAUGGUGAAAUUAUCGGUACAGAAGAUCGUGCAAGACAUUUACUUGGUUCAGCUUCCAUUGCUUUGCAUAAUUUAGAUUGUGAAAUACCAUUUUUUUGUCAAAUAUCUACACUUAGCCGUCGUUUAUUUAUGGGAAUUGGUCAUCAAACAAAUGGAUUUCGUACCUAUUUUGAUAUGAUACAAUUCCCUGAUAUUCCACCAUCAUAUCGUUAUUUCAAUGAACUAAUGGUGCUUUUCAAAAAGAAACUUUAUUCAUCAUUUUCAUAUCAUUCGAAUGUUAUAACACCUAAAGAUGAAACGAUUGACGAAUAUCGACCAUCAUCAUCAUCAUCAUCUUCGAAUGAACCUACAGUACGUGUUUCUAUUCGAUUUACAUAUCUAUUGAAUCGUUGGCCAACCGAAUAUCUACUAUUCAAUCCAUCCAUAAUCGAUUCGAAUCUAUUUGUUCGACGAUUUUCCUAUUUUGGAACAUUGAACAUUAUACCAAAAGCUCAUGAACAAAUAAUGAUAAAUUUUGCCAAUAUUUUUGGUGAUCCACUUACACAAUGGCAAUUGGCAACAACAUGGCCAUCUGUAGCCGAAGAAUUAAUUACUGAUAAUGCAUAUCAUAGUGAUCUACAACCACGUAAUGCACCAAAAUGGUCGCUAAGAUCAUUGUUCAAUGAUGAUCCAAAUAAUCUACCAAUUUAUUGUCGUUAUGUUGAAUUAAUUCGAUUAUUUCGACAACUUGCGAAUCGUGGUAAUUCAAAUAUUCCAUUAUUGAAUUCAUUAUUUCAAGAAAUUGAUAAUCAUCAACAACAACAACAAAAAGAUGAACAAGAUAUUCGUCAAGCAUUGGAUCGAUUAUCGACACCUUCAUCAACUGCACAAUCAUCAUUAUUGAAAACAACAAAUAAAUUACUGGUUACAAGUCAAUUUCUAACAGAUUUAAUGUCAAUGGUAGCUGGAUCUGGUUCAAGACAAAUUCCACCAGAAUAUAUUGAAGCAUUUGUUGAAAAUUUAUUCGAUGAUAAUGAUGAUUCGAAUGAUCGAGAAAAAGCGAAUGAAAAACAGGAUAACAAACCCGAUGAUGAUCAAUUUGAUAAAUUGAAAUCAGCACCACGUAAUAGCCUUAGUUGGCGUUUAGCCAAUCUUGUUGUAAAUAUUUAUGGCCAAACUCGUCAGCCAAUUAAUCUGGCACAAUUAUGGAAAUUCUUCAUACAAAAAUUACGUAAUCAUUGGAGAUCUGGACAACUAUUACCACAUCUUUAUGAUAAAAACAACGAAAUUGAUCAUGGAUCUUGUUUAUUUCAUCAAAAACUUCAAAUGUUAAACAGUUGUAUUCGACAGAAAAUUAAACGAGAACAUCAAAAUAUUAAACUUACUGUUGCCGCAGAAGAUUCAGAUGAAGAAUUUUUUGAUGCUCAAGAUGAAGAACUGGAAACCGAAACGGAAAAUCAAACAGCUGAAGGUCAACUUUAUCCAUUAAAAGAUUCAAAUGAUCAACCAAUAUAUCUAUUGUCGAAUUCGAAUCGACCAAUACAAGUGCCACAAACACAAGAUCCGGCACCAAUGACCGAAGAUAUUCUGGCACGACAAGUAGCAAAUUUGGCUCAAAUUGAUGAUGUUCGAAUGAAAAUUCGUUUACAAUCAGCCGGAUUAUUAUCCGAUAUGGAAGCAUUUAAAGCAGCUAAUCCAGGUUGUCAAUUUGAAGAUUUUAUUCGUUGGCAUUCACCACGUGAUUGGAUACAACAACAAUCAUCAUUCGAAUCGAAUAAGGUUGAUGACAUGCCCGAAACAUUUGGUCUAAGUCGUAGAAUGCGUGAAUCAAAUACAUGGAAUGAACUUUGGCAAUCUGCUCGGCCAUGUCCUGUACGGAGACAAAAACGUUUGUUUAAUUAUACAAAAGAAGCAGAAGAAAUUCUUCAAUAUUUCGAAACAAUUUCAUUGAAAACUUUGGUGGAUUUUCUUUCGCCUAUUGUUUUUAAAUCGCUUAUUGUACAAUUAUUACGUUAUCGUAGAGAAAUUCUUGAUUUUAUACGAUCCAACAACAACACUGGUGGUGAUGAUUCAAAUAUUGAUUUUUUAUCAAUCGAUAUAAUUUCAAUUGAACAUCUAUUCAAUCGAAAUGAUUAUAGCCAACUGAUCGAUGAACAAUUGAAUGAUUUAGAAUUUUCAAUGUUAAAAUUUUAUUCAUUAUUACAUAAAUUCUGUCAUUCAUAUGAAUCGGUUUUUCAACGACAGAAAAAAUUAUUUGCCAAUUUAUUUCGAGAACAGCAACCACAACAACGAUCAAAUUCCCCUACAGCAAUUACAGGUAAAAUAACAUCGACAAAAAAAUUACCUGCAACUCGAUUAUCCAAAUCGAAUAAUAUGAAAACUUUGACCGAAUUGAAAGGAUCAGAUUUUAUUCAAUUUAUUUUGAAAUUAAUUAACGAACCAGAAGUUGAAUUUGCAAAUACCGAUAUGAUUGCCGAAUUGAUUGUUAAAAUUUUUGCCGAUUCUGAUCGUUUUCAAUAUGAACAAUCGACAAGUGUUGGUGAUCGAAUUCGAACAAACGAAUUAUCAUCAUCGGAUAAUGAAAAAAUGAUGAAAAUAAUAUCAUCCGGUUCAUUACCGCCACCUACCGGUAAAGAAUUUAUAAUACGUGCAACAGGAUUCGCCAGACCUGCACCAUAUUCCCGGCCAUCAUCAAAUCGAAUGUAUUGUUUUUUAUCAAAAGAUUUUCGUAUUGCAUCGGCAUUCACCGAAGAUAUUGCUUAUUUUUAAAAAUUUUUCAAUCUUUUUUACUAAAAUACUUGUGAUUUAUUCAUUUUGUUGUUGUUGUUGUUUUUGAUGAAAAUAAAGUAAACUAAACAAA